CUUUCACUAAUUCAUUACCUGAAUAUCCAAAAACUAUACCUACUCUCUGGGAUGCUGUCAAAGAAUUUAUUCGAAAGUAUUCGCAAUACAUUGAAAGUGAUAAUCUAAUGGAAUUUAAUCAGAUGAUAAUGGCAAAACAUAUAAUUU